AUGUCAAACACAGGGUUUAAUAAACAUCUUUGGAUAUUUUUUCUCAACACAUAUAAUCUAACACUUUUAGAUGAAAUAUCACCUAUAGAAAUUAUACAUAUUCUUAGUUUAGAUACCUUACUUUUAACAAAAUAUGAGUUUAAUGAUGUUAGGAAUGCCAUCUUUAAUCUUACUAGUAGAUACCCCGAUCUGUGUCAAUUUAUUUUAACUCUAUUACGCACUAAAUUUCGUGAAGGUAUACAAAAUAAAUCAUCAGUAAAUCUAAGCCAUGAUGAAGCUGAAUUUAUUCGUCUUGUAUUACUUAGUAGUCAUUAUGAAACUCCAUUUAUUAUUGAUUAUGCUUCAAACCCUAUUUCCAAGAAAUUUCUUAAGUCCAGUAUUUUCGUUGAGAUUGAUAAUCAAAUACAGUUUACCGCCCCUAUUAUGCAAAUUAUUCUUACCCAUUACUUGUUUGCUAAUUCUGCGAAACAGCCUACUAUUACCUUUGAAGAAUUUUUAGAGAAGUCUAUUCAUUGUAUGAACCCAUCUAAAUUAUCUGAAUUACUUAAAAAAGGUGAUAAAAGUUCAAUAUAUGAGAGAAGCUGGCAGAUAGAAUGGUAUUGCACUUCUACUAUUGUAGUCCUUAAGAAUGAAUCAAUAAGCGAUGAUGUUAGUCCUGCAUUCAGUUCCGCUAGUUUUCUUGAUUUUAUAUUAAUAGAGAUUGUUGCUAGAGAAUUGAGCUUAUUUGCGAAGGUAGUCUUUUGA